AUGCCUGACAAUAACCCAUCUUUCGUGCUGGAGAAGGCAGGCCAGGUCAAGUUCGAGGACAGACCUGUUCCCGAAGUGAAAUCGCCGCACGAUGUCAUCGUCGAGGUCAAAUACACGGGGAUAUGCGGUAGCGAUGUCCACUACUGGACCACCGGCGCAAUCGGCCAAUUCGUCGUCCGCGCCCCAAUGGUCCUCGGCCACGAAUCGAGCGGCAUAAUCCACAGCGUCGGCAGCGCCGUCUCGCUUUCCCCCGGCGACCACGUGGCCAUGGAGCCCGGCGUGCCGUGCCGCCGCUGCACCCGCUGCAAAGAAGGCCACUACAACCUGUGCGCCGACAUGGCCUUCGCGGCGACCCCGCCCUACGACGGCACGCUGGCGCGCUACUACUGCCUCCCCGAGGACUUCUGCUACAAGCUCCCCGAGGGAAUGAGCCUGGAGGAGGGCGCGCUGGUCGAGCCGCUCGCGGUCGCGGUGCAUAUCGUCAAGCAGGGGGGCGUGAAGCCGGGGGAUAGUGUUGUCGUGUUCGGCGCUGGGCCUGUCGGGCUGCUGUGUUGUGCGGUGGCCAAGGCGUUUGGGGCCAGCAAGAUCGUCACGGUCGAUAUCAAUGAGGAGAGGCUGGCGUUUGCGCAGAAGUUUGCUGCUACGGCGGCGUUUCGGUCGCAGAAGGAGAGCGUUGAGGAGAGCGCGGCUAGGUUGAUCAAGGAGUGCGAUUUGGGAGAUGGUGCGGAUGUCAUCAUUGAUGCGAGUGGGGCAGAGGUGUGUAUUCAGACGGCGGUGCAUGCGCUGAGGGUUGGGGGCACCUAUGUGCAGGGAGGCAUGGGGAAGCCGGAGAUUACGUGGCCGAUUGUUGCGAUGUGCACGAAGGAGCUGAAUGUCAAGGGGAGUUUUAGGUACAGUAGCGGCGAUUAUAAGCUGGCGGUUGAUUUAGUAAGUAGCGGGAAGAUUGAUGUCAAGGAGUUGAUUACGGGGAGGGUCAAGUUUGAGGAGGCGGAGCAAGCUUUUAGAGAUGUCAAGGCCGGGAAGGGGAUCAAGAUACUGAUUGAGGGUCCAAGCAGUUGA